CAUUCCUUGGUUUAAAAUUUAAAAAUCUAGUUUCUUUACUCUCAAAAAAUCAGCUCUAAAAGCUCUUUUAUUUGGCAAUUAAAAAUAUAUUUUUGAACUUAUCACUUAAUUACCUCACAUUAUUACAUUUUGUCAUGGAUUGCACAGUUAAAUUCUUCAAAAUAAUACAAAAAAUCCUACAAAUUUUCAAUUUUCUUCCUUAAAAAUACGCAAAUUUACUUCAAUAAAUUCAAAAUUUUUGUUGCAAAAGCCCCUAAUCUACCCAAAUGUACUCCUUACCUACUCCAACUCUAAUCAUAAUCUCACUUUUGAUUGUACAAAAUGAUGUAACUUGCAGGAAAUGGCAAGAAACCAGUUUUCUUAAACACAUAGUAAUCAUACGAGACUUUUGUAAACAGCGCAAUAAGCAGUAGAACUUCAAUCACAAUCAGAUAUUCGAUGUAAUUUGCCCAAUCAUCAAUUCCUGAUUUACAGAGUUCAGUUUCUUUUAAUUCUAGGAUUUUUGCUUGCAUGUUGUUGCAGAGAAUCUUGUCACAAUCGUUGAUUAGGCGCCAGUGGUUAAUGUUCUUGACGAUGUGACAUUCGCAGGUGAGACGGUUGCCGCCGAGGUAGAGGAUCUGAAAGGAAACAGAGGGGAUUAGUAAGAUAGAGAAGAAUAAAAAUUUAACCAAAUUUUUCCCAAUUUUUCCCAUUCCAAACAUCAAAACUAACCUUUCCAUUGAGAUUCUUCUCUAAAUUCGACAAUAUAUAGUACGGAAUAUCUUUUAUCUUAUUAUUCCUCAACGACAGCACCGUAAAGUUCUCCAAAAAUUUCGACCCCUCCAAGUCAACAAUAGAUGUGAUAAGAUUAUCAUCAGCAAAUAAGCUCUUAAUAUUCAAGUAAUAGUCAUUCGUAACCAGUGCAGAGAGUGAUGAAAUGCUGUUGUUUGUGAUGUUUAAAUAAGUGGAGGAACGAGGUUCUGUUGUUCUUGGCAGUUGGAAUCGGAUGAAAGUGAAACAAAACAAACUUUCUGUUUACAUUGGAGCAUAUUAAGAUUCCAAAAAAUCAAAACAAAAAUAAAAAUAAACCAAAAACUACAAAUUUAAUUGAAUUUUCUACAUAAGAAGUAAAAAGCUAGGCAACGGAGUAAAGUCACUCAUCUGAACUUACUACAACAUAGUAACUCAAAAGCUACUAACCAUGGAUAUUUCUAAAAACAACAGAUCAUCCAAAAGCAAAAGUUUAAAAAGACAAAACAAUAAAAAUUCAAAUAAUUCUAAAUCAAAAGUACGAAGAACAACUAACACAAGACAUCCUGAAGACAACGAUGCUAACAGUUUCUGCGAAGUCAUGGAUUACUAUCCUCCUGUAUCGAUUGAUCCACAAAGUAACGACAACACAAGUUCAGAAGAUCUUGAAGAUGAGAAUGACAACAGCAAUGAACAUGAAGAUGUGUUUGCAAAUGUACAAGGAAUUGUUAAGCAAGAAGGAUCCUCAGACAAUGAAGACAACGAGAGAAACGUCAUCAAACAAGUUUUUGUCGAGUCACAUUCAGCCGUACCAGAAUCAAACACAAAACCAAAUGAUAGCAACAUCCUGAGACAUAUUAUGAUCAAGUUAGACAGAAUAUCAUCAACAAAUGAGCACAACUUCCGAUUAAUAUCAGCACAAAAUAAUGAAAUCAUAAAGCAACAAAUCGGAAUUAAUAAAAACUUAAAGAUGCUCGAAAAACGAGUUCAAAGGAUUGAAACUAAGCUACAAUGUGAAGUUAAAAUUGAUGAUUUUGAUCUUGACUUUAUCAACAAUGUGGAUGAGUUAAAGCAGUUCUUAUUAAGCAUCCAGAAUGAUCGAGAGUACAGCACUAAAUGUACUGUUUAUCUUCAUACACACUGCCCAAAAGGAUCAUCAAAGUAUACUCACUACGGAGUCAUCAAAGGAAUCAUUGAUAAAAUGUUUAGUCCGAAUUUUAAGAAUAUUUGUGGCUGGGCAUCUGAAAAAACUAAGAAAAACUCUGAAAAUCAGAAAACUACAAAAUCAAAUCGAGUGUUGCUCUCUGAGCACUUCUUUUUCCAAAAACUCAUACUUGAUGUCCUUAAUUUUAAUUCAAAUGAAACGUUUACGAUGGAGCAUGUUGUGGAAGGAAUUAAGGAGUAUUACAAACGGUUUCCAAGAAAAGCAGUCGAUAGUGAGACUGAAGGAGGUUAAAUUAAUUCAAUGUAGUUCAUCACUUUAUAAAUUUAAUAUUAUGUUUUAUUUAAAUGUUGAUAGUUAAGAAAUUGUCAUUCGUAUUGAUUAUGUUAAGUUUGACUAAAGUUCAGCUUGGCUAAAGCUCGGCUUCAAUGAAGAACAAUUUAACUGCUCAGUCUUGACUGCAGCCCAGAUUGAACUUAGCUCAGCUUGACUGAAGCCCAGCUUGAAUUUAGCUCAACUUGACUGAAGUUCAGCUUAACUGAAGUCCAACUUGACUAAAGUAUUUCUUGACUAAAGCUUAGCUUGACUGCAGUUUAGCUCGACUGAAGCUCAGCCUUGACUUAGGCUUACCUUGACUAAAGUUCAGCUUGAGUAAAUUUUAACUUGACUAAAGCUCAGAUUGACUGAUUGUUAACAAAAUUGAUGCUCAGAAUGAUUGAUCCCAAAUAAAACUGAAUAAUAAAAUGAACUUUGAG